AUGACGGGAGCCCAAGAGAUACCAGAGAUCGUCGUCACGCCGCCUCCGGAGGAUGGCCCGACGUCGACCGUCAGCAUCCUGGCGGCGCGGCACUGGGGGCUCUGGGCCAGGGGUGCCCUGCGCAAGUUAGACCGGACGAGCGCCAAAGGGCAGAACUACUCGACCAAGCCCGACGGUGAUGUCGAGCUGGUCGAGUUGCCCAGUGCCGCGCCCGCUGCCGUUGAAGCCCACGAUAGACCAGCUGCAGCGACUCCUCUCAAUGAGCGAAACGAAGAGGCAGACCGACGUCGAACUAAGGAAGCUUCACACGAGCGAUUCGUCGAGAACGGCGUCGACCGCUCAGCGGUCUCAGAAUCAGACAGACUGAUCUUCUGCAAGAAGCACGUGGCGGUCCUGGAAUCCAUCAGGUUUCGCGGUGAGAUGAUGCAUGCAUUUGAGCAAGAAUGCAAGGAGCCAUGGUUCAAGCCGAUCGACUUUGAAGACGAUCUUCCGCCUCUUCUUCCGCCAACCAUGCAUAUUCGAAUGAAGGCAGAGGAGCUGCUCAAGGACUUCGCGGAAAAUCCAGUCCCAAAUAUCAAGGAUAUGCUUGAAGCAAAGAGACGACACAAGACAAGUGUUUGCAAGGCUUGGAACGAAAUGCUGGAAACCGAUGAGCGAAAUGUCGGCGGAAGGCCCCUGUUUGAGCCUGUUGUGCUGGAUGUGUGGAAACUACGAGAAAUCGAGGGAGUAUUAGCAGGCAUUGGAACGCUGUUGACCAGCGGUUAUGGGAGCAAUUGA